AUGAAACAAAUACAAGAUAUAGAAAGAGAAGCAAGAAAACUAGAAGAAGAGCUAGAAGACCUGCGAGAGGCCCCCUCUCUAUACAUGGUAAGAGAGAUGGUGCUGAAGGAUGCACAGGAGGAGCUAGAGAGAUACAAGCAGUCUCUCGAUAGGCUGCUGACGCCGCCAGAGCCCCCUAUAGAGAUAUAUCCUUUUCUUGAGGAGGAGCAGGCAAAGCUAUACCCAGAGGAGCGGGAGCUGCUGCAGGCGAGACAGGAGUUAGUAUUGAUGGAUGAAAAAUAUAAAACACUAGAAGCAGAGGCACAGAUACCAGCUGGAAACGCAGAAGAAGUUCAACUCGCUAAGGCCCUUUAUACACUACUCAAAGCAAAAGCUUUUGUUACUGAUGAAGAACUAAAAGCAGCAGGAGCUCUGGCUCUAGCUGAUAGAUUGAAUGCUUCACGGGAUAUGCCGCCGCCGGUGCCUCCAUAUCCUAGUGGGUACGGAACACCCACCAUUGGUGCUGCAGGUGACCCCAUGUCUCCUGCUGUUGGAGACCUACUGUCUCCUUCUGGUGAAGGCCCGCUGUCUCCAUACGGAGACCCACUGUCUCCUUUUGGGGGGGGACAGGAGGCGUUCGGUGCAGCUAUGGGGGCUGAUGAAGAAGUAUCUCACCUGCAAGACCCUGAGUCUGUUCGUGUUGCGAGAGAUGCAGUGAUUGCAGCAGAGAAACGUAUCGAUGAUAAAGUAGAAAGAAAGAAAGCAGUAGAUGAUGGUCUGGGUCACCUGUAUGCAGCAAUACCAGAGAUGCAGCAGUAUAUACAACAGCUAGAGAGAGGUGUUGAGAAUCUACGUAGAAAGCUAAAGGAGCAGGUAGAGGAGCCUGAAGCUGUUGCGUUUGCUUCUAUAGAGAAUAGAACAAAAAGAAUAAAUGAUAGAUUAAGAUUACUAAGAAGAAUGAGGCAUAAAUACUAUGAUUUCUCCCCAGAUAUGUUUACAUAUCUCGCUGGUGAAGGUGACCCUCAGCAUGCAUGGUUGGGUUUCUUAGAAAGAAAUGUUGAUGAUUCUCUUAUAGCACUAAGAGAAAUCCUAGAGAGCUACACAGAGAUACGGCUCUCAAGCAGCAAAGCUCAGCAUCUUCUUUGGGGGUUUAGGUUGACGGAGACACUGCAGCAGCUACCAGUAGCACUGCUAAUACAGAGAGCAUCAGAGGGGCCUGCUGGGGAGUUGCAGCAGCAACAUAUAAACAACAGAUGGCAAGAGAUAGAGGGGGAGUUGUAUGCUCUUGAAAUACAAAAAGAAGCAUACGAGCAAAGUGCUGAUGAACUGAGACAAGGACUUAAUGUACUUUCUGCUUCUCGGUAUUGGUGUGUAGAGUUGCCGCAGACGCUUGUUGCAGCUCAUUCAUAUCUGGUGAAGCUCGAGGAGACAGUGAAAUAUCUAGAGAAAAAACAAAUAUGGUUGUUGUCUAUAAGCAGAGAAAGUAUAGCGGAGACAGUUAACCAAAGUUUCUUGAAUGCUAUAACAGAAGCAAAGAGAAGAAAAGAAGAAUAUGGAGACGAUGAAGAAAUCCUAAAGAGUGUACAUGAAGCUCAUAUGGAGGCACUACAAGAUACAGAAAACCAAAUAUAUAAAACACUAGAAAGAGCAGAAAGAAGAGAAGCAGAUUUCUGUCCCCACUUCGAUGUCGGCACACUACCAGCUAUAAGGCCAAAAGCACCAGCAGAACCACCGCGUAUGUCUCAGGAGGAGAGAGAAGAAGAAGUAUUAAGAGAAACACCACAUGCAGUUAAUAUAGAAGCUCUUGAGAACCUCACUGGGCUUACACUCCCUAAUGUGCUGCAGCUGCGGAAAAAGAAAGCCCCCAAAAGAGCAGAAAACCCAUGA